CCCCGGCCCGCCCCGCCGGCCUCCGGGCGGCCUGUCAGUGUGGCGGCCGGCCGCGCGGUGCUGGUCCCUGCAGCCGGCUCCGCGGCACACCCCCGGCGGUCGGCAUCUCCGGUCAGCGCGCGGAUAUGGCCCAGGCGGCGGCGCACUGCCCCGGCGCCGGGGACGCCGAGACGGGCAAGCCCAGGAAGGUGGCGCUCAUCACGGGCAUCACGGGCCAGGACGGCUCCUACCUGGCCGAGUUCCUGCUGGAGAAGGGCUACGAGGUCCACGGCAUUGUACGGCGAUCCAGUUCAUUCAAUACUGGCCGAAUCGAGCAUCUGUAUAAGAACCCCCAGGCUCACAUCGAAGGAAACAUGAAGCUGCACUACGGUGACCUCACCGACAGCACCUGCCUCGUGAAGAUCAUCAACGAGGUGAAGCCGACCGAGAUCUACAACCUCGGAGCCCAGAGCCACGUCAAGAUCUCAUUCGACCUGGCGGAGUACACGGCCGACGUGGAUGGCGUGGGCACCUUGCGGCUCCUGGACGCGGUGAAGACCUGUGGCCUUAUCAACUCGGUGCGGUUCUACCAAGCCUCGACGAGCGAGCUCUACGGGAAGGUGCAGGAGAUACCUCAGAAGGAGACCACGCCUUUCUACCCGCGCUCCCCUUACGGGGCAGCAAAGCUCUACGCCUACUGGAUUGUGGUGAACUUCCGGGAGGCGUACAACCUGUUCGCAGUGAACGGCAUCCUCUUCAACCACGAGAGCCCCCGGAGAGGAGCUAAUUUUGUUACUCGAAAAAUUAGCCGCUCAGUAGCUAAGAUUCACCUUGGACAACUGGAAUGUUUCAGUUUGGGGAAUCUGGAUGCCAAACGAGAUUGGGGCCACGCCAAGGACUAUGUGGAGGCCAUGUGGCUCAUGCUCCAGAAGGACGAGCCCGAGGACUUCGUCAUCGCCACGGGAGAGGUCCACAGUGUGCGGGAGUUCGUGGAGAAGUCGUUUCUGCACAUCGGGAAGACCAUUGUGUGGGAAGGAGAGAAUGAAAACGAAGUGGGCAGAUGUAAAGAGACCGGCAAAAUUCACGUGACUGUGGACCUCAAGUACUACCGGCCCACUGAAGUGGACUUUCUGCAGGGAGACUGCUCCAAAGCCAGGCAGAAGCUCAGCUGGAAGCCUCGGGUCGCCUUUGAUGAGCUGGUGCGAGAGAUGGUGGAGGCCGACGUGGAGCUCAUGAGGACCAACCCCAACGCCUGAGCGCCCGGCUGUGCCGUGCCGGGACCCAAGCUGGCCGAGGUUUGCGGCAGGCGGGAAGGGCCCGGCCGAUUCCCUUUCCUCCUCCGAUCAGUUUUGGAAUCAGAUGUUUUAAUCACUUACUCACUUCACUUGAAAUUAUAUCCCAGACAACUGAAAUUGUGGGGCUUUCAAAUGGUUUUUCUCUUUUCUUAUUAAAAUGAGCCUUUCUCUUAAUCAGCAUUAACACAGU